UGACAAUCAUACAUGGACACAAGUGUUCACGCAUGAGGUACCUACGUCGAUGUACUUGUACAUGACCGUCAAUACCAACCUCUCGUCGUCCAUAGUCCAGUCCAAGAUUACUGCUGGUAAGUAGUUAGCAGCAACAUGUCAUCCGCAAUUCCCUUGGCAGGCAUCCCGGUUUUUCCGUCAUCAGCGGCCGACAAUUAUGAGUUCAAAUUCGUGGGCGAGGGUAACGCGAAUGUCAUCUUCGAGAUUAUAGAAAAAUCCGAUGGCGCAUAUGUCAAUGGCAUCUUCCGUGGCAGUCUUCUUCGUGUGCCUAAAGCGGGCAAGGAAUCCCACAGUUAUCUCGAACUUCAGGAGUACUGGGAGACGGUGAUAAAGCCCCUGUUUGGGCGCGAGGAUCUGGUUCAACAGCGCCUUGUACGCAUCCGAGAUUCCGCUGUCAUCUCGCGGCUCAACACGACUCUCAAAGGGGAAGAAGAUAUUCGCAGGCCCGACUUUAGGGGCAGCCAGAUAGCUCAGGCAGAGUACGCCAUGCUGGUCGAGGAUAUGCGUCAGCGUAGGUUACAUUCUCUAGUUUCUCCCUUCCAUUUCCCUGCUUCUAACGUCUCAGGCGUCGUCUACGAGCCAGACCACCCUGAAGAUCUAGUCCUCGAAUUCAAACCCAAAUGGCUCGCUCAGUCUCCCAACGCGCCCAAGGGGGCGACCCGGUGCCGGACCUGCGCCCACAAAGCUUACAAGCGUCACACCAAACUUGCCGCCAACAACGGCACCAGCACCAAGACCGGGCACAACACCACCAUCCUCUGCCCCCUGGGCCUCCUCGCUAGCGGCAGCUCCCCGUCCUCUCUGGCCAACGUCAUCAGCCACUUCUCUUCUCCUAACCCACCCCUCACCCCACGGGCCCCGACUCCCCAACAGCAAGCCCGGUUUGCCCACUGGCUCCAGACGAACACUCUCCUGCCGCGUGUCCGCGCGGCCCAACUCGCCAACGACCGCGCAGGGCCCCUGGCUGCCGAUGCGCACGACCCACGGUUCCAGCUGGCCAUGACACUGCGCGACUGUACCUGCUUCGUCCGGAUUCGCGCCGAUCCCUCGGCGCCGGUCCAGGCCAAGCUGGGCGACCUGGACAAGAAGAACUGGGCCGCCAAGCUCGGGUACUGGCAGGCGACGGAGCGGCAGCUGAUCGACGGCGGGUACUACGACGGGCGUGAAGAGCCGAGGCAGACCACAGACUGCCAACUUGGCAAGAUCAAGGCUGAGAUUGAAUGA